AUGGUUAUUUCAUCAUCAGAACAACUCAGACCUCGGAAAAGGAAGAGAAUUAUUAUCUCUUGUACAGAAUGCCAUCGGCGCAAGCAAAAAUGCGACCGCCAGUAUCCAUGCUGUAACUGUAUUAAGCGAGAAAAGCAGGAUAUUUGCUAUUAUGAUGUUGACCCAAAGGGUUGCCAAUCCAUGCCAAGCAAUUGUAAUGAGAGCGGUUCCUCGGAAAGCAGCAAUAGCAUCAACACGGUGCAUCUGCCUCCACCUACUAGCCUGGACUCUGAGUGGGUUAGCGGAUUUCAGGACGAAAUCCGAGAUUUUGGCUAUUCCAGCCAAGGCAACCACCACUCCAUGAGUUUAUUACGAACCACAGAGCUAUAUGGAGCCCAGAGCGCUUUUUUAGUUAGUCCGUCUAUCACAAACCAGCCCCCUUUCCAAAGUGAUACAAAUUUUAAGUACAAGGAACUGGUCCGCCAGCUACCUUCGAAAGCCUGCAUCGACAUCCUGGUCGAGACAUUUUUCUCCGACAUCAACUGGCAGUAUGCUCUGCUCGACGAGAGAACCGUUCGAGAACAAUUAGAAAAAUGGAGAAAAGUCUCGUACUCUGACCUUCAAAAGGGGCUCGAAAGAUUGACGUCGGAAACUCUUGUGUUUCCCGCCUUGCUACUUCAAGUCAUCGCACAAGCGCUUCUAUUUCACCCCCCUCAUGAUGAAAGGAUUAGUUCCCUCAUCACUAUGGCUGGCAUGAGCUUCCAUGAUCUUGGCGCCGAAUAUAGCGAUACAGGUGCUAAGAUACUAGAAAUUUUGGGGAAAAGAGACAUUACAAUAGCUACGGUGCAAUCAGGAUUGUUACGAGCAUCAUUUUUGAAAAGCAGUGGCAAAGUUGUUGAAGCCUGGCAUGUACUUGGAGCAACAAUACGCGAUGCACAGGAAAUUGGUCUACAUACCGGACGAGUUGUAUCCGAGCGAUCUCCAAUUGGACCCUGCACCGAUGGUCAUAGAAUUUGGGUGAUCUUACAUAUUUGGGAUAUCCAUAUGGCUGUCGUUCUCGGUCGACCAGCUACCACCAAUCUCCAAAUAGAUAGCUUCUCUCGCACUAUUGAGGAUGACGGAAGGAGGCAAGAAUUGUUCUCGCAUUGGCAGACCGAGACUGACCCCCCUCGACCAUUUGAUAUCAUCCUCGCCGGUUAUAAUGUGGCCUAUCGAUAUUUCCAGGACAUUCACCAGCUGGAAUAUAAUGGCGUCAAACUCCAGGACUACCCAAAGGUCGAAUCCAUUCACGCAGCAAUCCAAAAAAAUUUAGAGCUUUUACCUUCUUGGUGCCGGCUGGAAAAUCCAGAUACGAAAUUUGAUCAAAUACGUGGGUGUCAAUGGCUACGUGUCGCCCGAGAAGGACUGUACUCUCUCAUCAACCUAGUUCUUCUCACACUUCAUCGACCCUACAUAUUCUCUGUGGCCAAUAGUCAAAUGGAAGCCCUCAAAGCUGGAAUAUCUAUUCUUCGUACACAGGAGCGACUCUUCCAACAAUCAGAGCCGCAUCAGUGCAAGGUGUUCAAUCCGGUCUACGCUUCUUUCGACGCGCUUGUUCUUAUUGCAGCAAUCUAUGUCGCUUUUCCGAAUCAGAACCAAAAAUGGCGAGCAGAAUCUGUCCAAGUUGUUGAAAGAGGGAUGGAAAGGCUGCGCAUUAUUGGUCUAUGCAAUUAUAUGGCAAAGUCAGCAUAUGGUGUUGUCUGGAACCUGUACUAUCACCUAAAGCAUCGACUCGACAUCCUCGAAACUGCAGAGGACUUUGAAACACCUCACAGCAACCCAAACUGGAUAUCUCCCAACAGUCAAAAAAAUUUCUCCAACGGAACACCGUUGGAACCAUCUUUUGAUACUGUGAUACCACCGCGUCCCUCCCAUGACCUGUUCUACGACCAUAUCUCAAGCACCCAAAUUCCCUUCAUGGAUACACCGGACAAUUUAUCUUUAGAUCCACUUAAUACGAAUAUUACGAAUGAUUGGAAUUUUGAAGGGGACUUCUCAAAUGAUAGCUUUUGGAGUUUGAUGAAUGAACUCAUCAAUUAA